UCCAGCACCCCAGCUUCUAUCCUGGAUAGAAGGGCUGUGUUACUAUGUGCCUAUCUCAUUUAAUAGAAGGUUACAACGUAGUGGUUUUCAAACAGACUAUAAUAAAAUGAAAGCAUAUGGGUACCUUCCCUCUCUGCUCCACCUUAAAGCUGAAACAGGGUUUGUUAAUUCCAUGGGGGGUGGGGUGCGGGAGUGGUGAGGGUUCAGUUGGGAAAUACUGAAAACCAGCCAGCCAGGUCAUCAACCCUGUCUGCUGAACCAGAUUGGAAGGCACCACUCUGUACUUGAGGCGGGCCGGAACAGAACCUCCUCCAUUCAUAGCAUCUGCCAGCUGGAGGCUCUACCCUGUCCCCACCAUCUUCCUCCAUCUACCCACUGAGUUACUGGUUGGGACUUUGGAGCUAAGCAUCAUGGGGACUCCAAAUGAUCAGGCAGUGCUGCAGGCCAUCCUCAACCCUAAUACCCCCUUUGGAGAUGUUGUUGGAUUGCACCUGGAAGAAACAGAGGAGGGAGAUGAAGAUGGAGUUUUCCCUCAAGCACAGUUGGAGCAAUCCAAGGCCCUGGAGUUGCAGGGAGUGAGGGCAGCAGAAGCUGGGGACCUCCACACAGCCCUGGAGAGGUUUGGCAAAGCCAUUAGCCUGCUACCUGAGAGAGCCUCUGCGUACAACAACCGUGCCCAAGUGAGGCGGCUCCAGGGGGAUGUAGCAGGCGCCCUAGAGGACUUGGAGCGCGCGGUGACGUUGAGCGGCGGCCGGGGUCGCGCCGCCCGCCAGAGCUUCGUGCAGCGCGGGCUGCUGGCACGAUUUCAGGGUCGGGACGACGAUGCCCGCAGAGACUUCGAGCAGGCGGCGAGACUGGGCAGCUCGUUCGCACGGCGCCAGUUGGUGCUGCUCAAUCCGUACGCCGCGCUGUGCAAUCGCAUGCUGGCCGACAUGAUGGGGCAGCUGCGCGCGCCCAGCAACGGGCGCUGAACGCGGCUCGCUAGAUGAUGAAGGGGGGACCCUGACCCAACCAGAACCCAAUAAAACUUGCGGGACUCUCUGA